AUCGGUACAUUGCGAUUUUCCGCCUAUAUAAAGACGGAUGCGCACUAGGAUUCCCUGGUAAUCUACGUAUCGGUCGUCGUUUAAAAGGACGAAGGGCCACCGUCGUUUUAAAAUCGUUCGAAGGAACCACGAAGGAACCUGAGCGCGAUGAAGACGGUCCUCAUCAUCUUGGCGCUUAUAGCUGGCAUUCUUGCGGCGCCGCAAAAUCCAAAUGAUAUCACGAUCGUGAAACAGGAAGAGGUGAACAAUAUAGGGGUAGGUGGAUACCGCUUCAGUUAUGAGCAGAGCGAUGGCCAGAAGAGGGAAGAAACGGCUGAAUUGAAGAAUGAAGGCACCGAUAACGAGGCGCUCAGCGUUGUUGGUAGCUUCAGUUUUAUCGCGCCAGACGGACACACGUACAGGGUCGAUUACACCGCGGAUGAGACCGGAUUUCAUCCUACUAUCAAUCUCGUCGCAAAAUAAGCAGGCUCGAGAGCUGAAGUUACAUAUUUAGGAUUCUCCGGUCGUCGACACAUUCGUGUAAUUAUAUACGCACAUGGAUAUUUUAUUACAUGAAACACGCGAGUCACUGAUGUACAAACAGAUACAAAGAAAGCGUCAAGAAAAUGAUUGAUCCUUAGUGCGAUCCAUCCUUUUCGGCCGACUAGUUCUCGUGAAUUCCGCGAAAUUGAUCGCGAUAUUUUGCAUUGUAAAAUACGCAUGAUACAUUAUUUAAAAUGUGGAUAACAUACAAUUAUAUAGAGAAUUUGCUAAUACAAUGCUUUUUAUAAAUAAUUCAUCGAAUAAAGAUAAUGCAUCUGCGAAUAAAUAUAAUCAACGCAAAAUUAACUUAUGCUCUUUCUUCUCACUGCAUUCGCAUAAAAAGUACUCACAUAUAUUGCGAAUGAUACGAUAACGAGCUGUAUCUGUCUGUAUAUAUCGCGUGCUUCAAAGCUGGCAGUAUGUAUUAUUUUAUCAGUUUUUCUUUAAACUGCCAGCGAACAUUUUGAACGAGAGAUGUUCUGUCAUUUGCGAUUAUAUCCUUUUUACGAAGGCGACGGAAGUACAGCACUCAUUUGAGCCGCGUAUACCUAUCGCCGCGGUAUCUACUUCUUUUCUUACAAGCGUAAUUUUUUUUAUACACAUCUAUUGUAAACUUACAAAACGCAAUUGGUGCAAAUAAACCUUUAUACUAAAA